GACAUUGAACCGAUCCCAACAAUGUUCAAGACUAUACUUGUUGCUAUAUAUAGACAUGAUCGAAUAUGCAUGCAACAGCAGAGCUAGCCAUAUACGCAAUGAAGUUCAGAGUAAGAAACACUAAACUAGUUUAAGUGGUGAUUAAUCAGACAUAUUAGCUAGCUCAUGGGUUCCACGGAGGCUAUCUUGUCUGCGCAGCUCGCCAGCCAAUUAUUCAACAUCAACAAGUUCAUCGCGGGCCCUGUACCGCAAAUGCAAAAGCAAUCUGAUGGCAGCGGAAGACAGGCGGAGAAGAAGGAGAUGAACAAUAAAUCUGAUGUCAAGAUUGUUGGCAAGCAACGGCAGCAGCAGCAGCAACUGAAGCCACGGUUCGCCCUGGAGCUGGACGGGCUUAAUUGCUUCGAGACCCUUGUCCCUCUCUGAAGCGCAAUUUGAUCGUCUUGUGUGCUUUCAACACAUAUUUUGUUUUUCUUUGUUGGAGAGGAUCCUUAUAUGGCAGGGAGUUGUGUCUUCUAUAUUUCAACAGUGAUCAUUAGUCUGCAAAUAGAUUUUUAUGUUCACAAAUUGUCGCGUUGUCUGUUUCGAUGUUGACAAUUUUUGUUGUGUGUUUCAUGCAUUUUCGUGUGGCAACAUUUGCCCCAACUCAUGAUAUAUGGAAUUAUGGAGAUAC